GAAGAGGAGGAGCAGGAAGCAGGCGGACGCUCGCUCUGUUUAGACAGCAGGAGGACGCGGCGGUGGCGGCUCAACGCCACACGACACGACACGACACGACACGACACGAUGGACUGCUAACUGCUACCCGGCGGAUAUGGAAGCUCAUGUUCUCCAGACAUGCUGCCACCCUCAUCUCCAUUAAGCUGCUGUUCACUGGGGCACAUUUGAAUUCUCAAACAUGAUGAAGACGGAACCUGCGUCAGCCACGGCGGACAACGGGGCCUCCGCCGGGAACAGCGGGGGAAGUGGGAGUGCCAACAUGCGGAGCGCUUCGCCACACCGAAAUGCCUACGAGGCGGGUCUGGCGGCACUGAAGAAAGCCACCGAUCACCUUAACGGAGGCUACGACCCCGCCUCAAAGCCAGCACCCCUACCCAGGCCAAAUGGGAGGGGUCGUAGAUAUGGAUCAAACGUUCACCGCAUCAAGAAUAUGUUCAUGCAGAUGCAGUCACCAGGAGAUGAGGAGGAUGGUGCCAAAGUGAUUGGAAACGACCAGGCAGUCAAACUGUCCCUUCCGAGGGCGUCGAGCCUCAACGAGAACGUCGACCACAGCGCUCUGCUCAAACUAGGGGGCACAGUUUCAGACAGGGUGAAUCGUUUCGACACCAAAACGGAUGGCGAAGGCCCGAGCUCCUCUGGCUUGUCCAAGCUCCAGGAAACCAGGAGGAUGUUUGAACAACGGACGUUACAGGAAAAACAAGCCGCUACCAACAGGAUUUUACUGACCAAGGAGCGAGCUUCUGGUUUCCAGGACAGCCGUCUGGAUGUGGUGGCACGCUUUAAUGGCUCUACCGAGGCUUUGGAUCGCUUGGAUGACCCCCCUAGUCCCCCUCCCGCUCCUGCUCCCGUUCCUGCCGCCGCAGCUGCUUUGGGGCCCGCCGAGGCCGUCAGCCCCACCGUGAGCCAGCUCAGUGCUGUGUUUGAGAAGGCCGAUCUACAAAACAAUCUCUACCUCCCCAACCGUCGGUCAAGACCUGCCCCGGGACCAAAGCCAAAACUGCCAGCCAAAGCGGGGCCUGCUAGGUGCCAGAUGAAAGGGCCUCCUCCGAGUAAGGAGGACUUAGAGGAGGUAACAGCAGGAAGUGCCCACAACCAGGCGCCGGAGGUCCAAGUGACGGAUCCACGCCCACAGUGCGACAUCGGCGGAGCGGUGGUCAGCGAGGAGGAAAGAUCUAGACAUUCAGGAGAUCAGCACUCUGAUACCACUUUACCUUCCUACUCAGAGGCCAAAACAGAGUCCGAAUCCCAUCUUGGAUUGACAGAAGACAGGGGCUCGAGUACCGUGGCGGUGGCCGCAUCCUUUCAGGAGCCACAGACUGUGGAACAGCAUUGUUGUAGGGGGGAUAUUGAGGCUGGAGCCAGGUUGGUUCAAGCUGAUGUCCAUGCUUCACUUGAAAAUGGGGAAAAAGAGCCACCAGCUUUUGAAGUUACUGAGGCAGACCCUGAGAGAAGGGGCGAUGAAGAGGAGAAUGACGAGGAUGGCUCGAGGAAGGAGGAUUACUCCGAGGGGGAUCUGGUGGAUGUGAGUGCGUACAGCGGCCUUGGCGAGGAUGACUCUGAGGGGAGCCAGCUGGACGAUGAUGAUGAUGAGGAAGACAAGGAAGCAUACCAGCCGGAAAGCAGCUGCACAGAAAUUGAGGGUCUCCCUGAAGAGGAGGAGCCCGCACCUGCCAAUAGAAAGAUUCGAUUCAGCACUGAGCCCAUCAAGGUGUUCACCACCUACUGUAAUGAAGACUACGAUCGACGUAACGACGAUGUGGACCCCAUGGCAGCGUCGGCCGAGUAUGAGCUGGAGAAGAGAGUGGAGAAGCUGGAUCUAUUUCCCGUCGAGCUGGAGAAAGACAGUGACGGUCUGGGAAUCAGUAUCAUAGGAAUGGGCGCAGGAGCUGAUAUGGGUCUGGAGAAACUGGGCAUCUUCGUGAAGACGGUGACUGAGGGCGGAGCUGCUCAGCGAGAUGGCAGGAUCCAAGUGAACGAUCUGAUCGUCGAGGUCGACGGCACCAGCCUGGUUGGUGUGACUCAGAGCUUUGCCGCCUCUGUCCUACGCAACACAUCAGGCACUGUCAAGUUUGUGAUUGGUCGGGAGAAGCCGGGGGAGCAGAGCGAAGUGGCUCAGCUGAUCCAGCAAACUCUGGAACAGGAGAGAUGGCAACGGGAGAUGAUGGAGCAGCGAUACAAGCAAUACAUGGACGAUGAUGAGGAGACAGGUGAAUAUGCGACAGAUGAGGAUGAGGAGAUGAGUCCCAUGUUUCCAAACUCCAUUGAGGUUUUCGACCUGGCCGAGCACCAGGACUCGUUGUCUCCUGUGGAACUGGACCCUGAGAAGUUGACCCACAAAUUCAAGGAGCUUCAAAUCAAACAUGCGGUAACCCAAGCCGAGAUCCAGCUGCUGAAGAGGAAGUUGGCUCACGCAGAGCAGGAUAAAGUGCGUUGGCGAAUGGAGCGUGCUCAGCUGGAACAAAGCAUCCGGGACAGUAAGGAGAGGAUGGAGAAGCUGGAGGCUUACUGGAUGGAGGCCCAGUCGCUGUGUAAGGCAGUGGAUGAACACUUGAAGGAAACCCAGGCUCAAUACCAAACCUUGGAGAGGAAGUACAGCAAAGCCAAGAGAAUGAUCAAAGAAUAUCAGCAAAAGGAGAUUGAGUACCUGAAGAAGGAGGCAGCUCAGCGUCAAGCGGAGGAAGACGGCGAGGCCUCACGCAAAGAGGAGGCGGAACACUUGCAGGAAAAGAUUUCAGACCUGGAGACCCAAGUGGACGCUCUGAAGCCCCCCAAGCCCUCCUAGACCGCUCGCAGCGCCGCUUCCUGUCCGCGACGGGAGGACGCGGCGCUCUGCCUUCACACUGACGGACCGUAGUUCAGUCGAUCGCCGACGGCAGCCCGAAGCGGACGGAACGUGACAAAGUGGAACGGAGAAGUGGACGAGCAGGAUAAAAUGCGGAGGGAGAAGAGAGACCUCCGUUUUGGAAAUUACGGCCUAGCGGCAAUCCCGGAGCGCACUUUGUGCGACAGCCGCAAACGUCCUUGUGUGUCUUCCUGGCAACCGUCUCGGCGAUCGACAAGGAAAAACGGAACUCGGCUUAUUUUGUUCUCCCUGUUGUGAAAAGUGUCCUACGGGGAGGAUGUAAAGAAGCAGGCUCGUCACUAAGUGCUUUCCAGAGUGAGGAUUGUCGCUGUGCUCAUUCUCAACGACAUAGGCGGCUGCUAAACUACCUGCACUGGAGCAAGACUGACUAUACACGGAGAACAAAAGGGGAUGAGAAGUGCCCCGUCGAACCCAAGUUCCCAGCAACGUUGAAAGAAAACAUAAAGAAGCCUACAAGCCCACCGUUCGUACAAAACGGAAUUUUGACACUAUUUCUCCAUAAGCGAAGGAAGGAAUCCGGUCAACAUUUGCAUUUCGGGUAUGAGAGCGCGGCGACAUCCUGUUUUGUAAAUAUGAUCGCCAUCUAUUGAAAAGUGUUAACUUAAGCAACGAUUCGGGGCGGAUACUAAACUAAAAACCGCACACACCCCUGGUGAGGUUUCCCGUGACCUCGGGUAAAGGAUCGCCUCGGUAAUGUAACAGACAUAUUCGAGAAAGACUGGCUGCUGCAGGAGCACCGCGGCCUUCUGCAAAAACACGCAUGCUAAAUUUCGGGACGGGCGACUACCGAUAUCGGCUGCCGGUAUCGGGUUAUUUCGACUUUCUGGGUACCCGUUGAUACUCACAGCCCAAAACAAUUACAAAUCUGCCGUUCGGUAAGUCCUCCUCACCGGUAGUUGGCGCUACACUGCGGCGGUUUGACACGUCGUCCAAUCAUCGUGUGCGUCAGAAAGAACAAAAGGUCGGCGUUCGCAAUUGUCUGUGAUUAUGUUAGUUGAAAUGUGAAAGCUAUCGGUACUCGGUAUCGGUCAGUACUCGAGAGCGAAUUCUCGUACUGGUAAUGGUCUGACAAAAAGUGCCGUUGAAUAUCUCGGGUUAGAUGAAGUGAACAUUCUGAACAGCGGUCCAGCGCGGACCCAAAGUCAGCUUUGCUAGGCUCCAGCUCACCCGUGACCCUCAUGAGGACAAUUGCUGUAUCAAACGGAUGCUUGCAAAAGCGCUGAUACAGUAUUCAUCUGGGGCUCAGACUCCAUCUUUAAACGACGAUACCGUCCAGUGUUUUUGGCCAAAUGUGCUCUCGCAUUGCCAGAUGACGAGGACGAGCCUGCUUUAGUGCUCCUGAAUUAUGUUCACCCCACGCACGUCAUAUUCAGGUCUCCCGCAUUUGACCACCCGUGUGUUCUGCGCAGUUUGACUUCAUUUGCCAUGCGUGACACUUUAAUUGGACUCUUUCCUAAUUUGCUUUUCCCCAAGCUGGAAAAAGCAAUUAUUUAUUAUUACCUCACAAAAACCUACAAUUUAUCAGGGGUGUGUCGACUUUGUACGUAUCCACCAGAGGUCACGUUAGUUAUGAGGAAGGCAAUUGCAACGCUUUUACACGUUGCUGUAUUCAGUGGUCCAGUCAAGUCUGUUUCAAUUCUAUUUUUUAUGUUUUUGUUGGGGGGGGGGCGCAAUAUUCAACAGGAAAACAGGGUGUGAAUAGUCUUAAUAUGUGCUCAUAGAGAUUCUAACUGUGUGUAUGUGUAACGUUUUGUUUACAUGGACAUCCGUAGCCUCUUGAUUCGGGAUCGCAAAUGUGCUCAUAUCACAUUCAAACCGAGCACACCAGGAUGGAAUCGAGUCAUUUAGCUCAAACUACUUCAGUAAAAUCUCAGUUAUCAUAUACUGUAUAAAAUAAAAUAAAAUAAAAAACAUCAAAAGGUCAGACUGGAUCUGUAGUCUCUAGGUAUUAAUAUUAGCGAGUUCACGUUUUCAUUAAAUACACAACCUACGCUUUAAUUAUUUAUUAAUGAUGGAUAUAUUCUCUUAAUAUUCGUGUUCUAAAUUCAAUUAAAUUCAGUCAAUUGACAGCAUUUCGAUAUUUUACUCGACAAACCAUUUUUUUCUGACUUCAAAUAAUUUCUAAUAAAAACAAGCUAAGAAAUGUUCGUAUUUAUUGGGCACUAUGUAAUAUUUGUGCUUAUGUUUGUUAACAUUUUAAAUGAGGAACAUUUGAGUACAGACUCAUAACGUGCCAAAUAACGUCUGUUUGGGUUUUUGGAUGGAUGGGCAUGAACGAGAAUACGCAUGAAACCGUAUGGAAAUUAAUGUCAACUGGAAAGUUGCACAAUUUGCAGGUUAUUCAAAAUGUUCAUCACAUGCAAUGUUUUUUUUAAUACAACGGUUCUCUGUUUUGGUUAGUCAAUGACAUAACUUCAAACGAAUGUUCGAUGCGGUAUUUCUAAAAUUCCCCAGAUAAGUGUUUUUUUUUUCAUUGUCUUUCAUUGAACAUAUAGAAAAACAAAUCCACACAACCUUGGUUAUAAGAUCGAAAGAAAUGUACAGAUGUAAAUGUUCAAUGGGAGUAGGUCGAAGUAAAAAACUCCUUGGGUCCUACCUCGAAUUCUGAACUUGGGAGGUUCUCGUAAAUUGGUUGAAAUCAUCCCUUUGCAAACUGACUUCUUUUGUCAUGUUUAAACAACUAAAGAACUGAAAUGUUCGUUUCAAAAUAAAUAAUAAGGUCGACUAUUCCAAUGCCACUGAAUAGGGUACGCAGUAUUCAACUAUACAUUUCAAUUGAAAGUUCAAACUGCACACACUUGCUUGGGAUGACGUCAUUUUCAAAUGUAGACGUAACACAGUGACUCAGAAUCAAGUCCGUUUGGAUAGGAUUAUUUAUGAACAGUUCCACUAAUAUUAAGUAAGAUAGUCGUUUGGGUGGCGAAAUAUUGUCACCUUUUUGGGAAUGAGCUUCAGUGUGUAGUGACAGUAUUACUGUAUUUCUGAAAUAAUAGAAACACUAUCCAUACCACGAGCCAGAAUUUAUUUAAAAAAAACAACACCUGUAUGUUACUGAAUAGUUGAUCAUUGUUCGAUGCUGUUUGAGAUUAGAACAGAGACAAUUGAAUGUUUCUCGUUAGAGGUAACAAUAUCAUUCGGGUGAGCUGGAGCCUAUCCCCGCUGACUUCGGGACGGAGAGAAAGAGUCAGACAAUUGCGCCAAUUAAUGUACCCUUUUUUUCAAUACUUUCAAACAAAAUUCGUUUGCGGAAAGCGGGGCUCGCCUCAACUGGCUUGUUGCGAGCAAAUGUGUGUCAAAUUGUUCGUGAUGACUUCCCGUUUGUUUUAAUUGCUCAGACGACUCCAAACAUGUUUUAACGUUUACAGUAUUGUGACUGCAAGUCAAAGUAAGCACCCUGGGUGAACUUCUGUCGCACUUGGCCUUCUUGUUUCUGGAAUUUGGAUUAUUUAGUGCUACAACAACAACAGCAAGUGUGAGUUGUUCCAACAGUGCUGGGAUCAGCACUAAAUGCAUCGCGUUGUAGCUAAAUUGUCUUCCCCAGAUGGCAGAUGGCUUCCCCUCGCAUCUUUUUUGGUUCGUUGUGUAUUUGGAAAGCAUGUUGAAUUGAAGCGCAGCUGGAGCCUCUUGCUCGUGCUGUGCACAGACAAAAGCAUUUCCUGUAUGGAUGCUCAGAUCCUGCACUGGUAACAUUGUUCAUCUGUUAACUGUAUGUUUUGUUGAAUUUGGACUUUUAAAAAAAGAAAAGAAAAAAAAAAAGGCUUUUUGACAUGAUUUUAGCUUGUCACCCACUUUAGCGAGGUUUACAAUUGAUUUGCCUUGUUAGCUCCUUUUGCCUUUAAUGUCUUUGCAUAGCUUUAAUGUAUGGAAAGCAUUUAUUCGAUAUCCUGGAUCUUCACUAGUACGCUCUUUGUCCUCACUACUGAGACAAUUCACGGCACUAGUAGAAUGACUGUGUCUUACUAGUAAUGUUUUUGCACUACUACGUGACAUUUCUGCACACUAGUAAGACAACUUUGGCACAUUAGGACAACUAAAUGUUACUCGUGAGGCAAACCUGUGUUGGCCUCUGCGCACUACAAAUAUUACUAGUGAAGCACUAGAUGUUCAGUAGUAGAAUUUGAUCAUUUCACCAAUAAUACUACUAGUAGUAGUAGCUUCGUUAGUAGGAUGUAUAUAUAUAUAUAUAUAUAUAUAUAUAUAUAUAUGUGUAUAUAUAUGUAUAUAUAUAUAUAUACAUAUAUAUAUAUAUAUAUAUAUAUAUACAUAUAUAUACACAUAUAUAUAUAUACAUAUAUAUACAUAUAUAUAUACACACAUAUAUAUAUACAUAUAUAUAUACACACAUAUAUAUAUAUACACACAUAUAUAUACACAUAUAUAUAUAUAUAUAUAUAUAUAUAUAUAUAUAUAUAUGCGUCUGGAGCAAAAAGGACAUUUUUCUUCUCCAGGACAGAAGGCCAGGCACCACUUAGAGGCUAUGUGCGCACAUGCCCGAUCUCAAGGAUAUUAAAUCAAAAGCCGUUUGAGCAUUUAUUUGAUGGCCUUGACAUCCAGUUGAAGGUACAUGUACACGAAUAGUACAUUCAGUGCACUAGUAGAACAACUAGGGAGCAUCUCUGUCAACUAGUAAUGUUUUUUUGUUUAUUUUUUCCCCACUACUGCCUUCCAUGACUGUAUGAGAUUUCUGCACGCGAGGACGACAACUUUGGCAGUAGAACUAAAAUGUAAGGCAAAACCAAUAGUGGGCAUUUUAAUGCUACUGGUAAGGUCCAUGCCUACUAGUUGGGUCUAGUACUCUUACAAGUGCAGCACGGUGGUUUACUAGUAAGUGUUUAAUUGUGUACUAGUAGGCCAAAAGUGGCAGUAAUAGUGGAAAAAAACUUGACUAGUUAGUCGUUUUAUUAGUACCCCCUAGUCAUUCCACUAGUACGCUGAAUUGUCUGACUAGUGAGGACAAAUAAGCUGGAUACCAAGAAUAGCAAGUAAAUGCUGAAAUAGCUUCCAUAGUAACAUACUUUCACAAGCACCCCAAGUCUACCCAGUGUCCAUAAAAAGCAAAACAAGGCGUGUUUACAGCUAAAACAAACUUUUGAUUGUAGUCAGAGCGAUGCCUUCCUCCAUAAACACCCAAACAUGAAUGCAUUUCAAUGUUUACCCACCUCACAUAAAGUGGACCACAGUACCGUAUUUCACUCACUGAGUGGAUACGUAGGAGAAGAUAGAACGUGCGAAGAGCCUUGCUUAAGGGUUAAGGACGAAGAUAGUCCCGGAAGUUGAACACCGUGGUCCAAAAGGUAUUUGGUUCGUAUUCUGUGUCAAUACUCAGGGUGGAAAUGAAACUGGAAAACUUGUCCUGGCGUCACUAUUGACAUCCACAGUUGUAUUGGUCCAAUAGCGCAGAUGGAGGCAUUAGUGACAUUUGAAUGAAACACAGGAAGAUGUGUAAUUUGCUUUUUUUUUUUUUUUUUACCCAAAUCCCCAAAUGUUUUUUUUCAGCGUAAUCAUUCCCGCGCUUGGCUUCGAACAAAGCGACGGUUUACGAGACGCGCCGUGUAGUUUGCCGAAUGAACGGGAGUUACAGGCUGGUGCCAAACAGUGUGAGCGGGCCAAUCUUUGCCUCUCUGCCUGGGUCUGUUCUUCCGUGGAUGUCACCAUGUUUGUCUGAACCGACACCUGUUCCGCAUUUCAAUAAACAUGUUGAACCACGAUAACAUCGUUGACCCUCUAUUUUUACGCUUUACAUUGCGAUUGUGUGUUCGUGAAUGAGCAGACUCCAUGUUUACAUUACGGACGGAAGUGCACGGAGUUACAGUAUAUACUUGGUCUGCGUUUAUGUGAACGGACCCCUGCUAUUCACGGGGCGUAGGGAACGGGCCGGAUCACGAAUAGCAAAAAUCCAUUCAUAAUUGACGGCCAUUAUAAUUGCAUUUUUAAAAACAAUUUGAAACCUCCAAAAGUCUUGAAUAUGCAGGAGUA